AUGUCAGCGCAUCCUCCAAAACGCCGGCGGGCUGUCCUGGCCUGCAACUCCUGCCGUCACCGUAAAUCCCGAUGUGACGGAGGCCGACCCUGCACCCAGUGCAAAGACCUCGGGUGCGAGUGUCUCUACCAGGAUGUUGGCCCAUCAUGCAAUCUUACAGUCGAGAAAAGCUAUUUGGCUCGGUUGGAACAUCGCAUUCAGGACAUAGAAGCAUCUGUCCGCAGAUUGGAAAACAACCAGAGUAAUGGCUCCAGCUCGGGCCCUUCAGAGCCCAUUCAAUCGUCCAAUUCGAGGGAAGACACUCGUCCUCCUUCAAACAAUGGAGUCAUGCUGCCCACGCCCCCUAAAUCGGAUGUUCCGGUACGCUCUAAUCAUGUCGCUCAAGACAGAACUGAGUUCGGUGAGAUCGAUGUAUCUGAAAAUCCGAUUGACGGAAUGGGUGCUAUCAACUUCACCGAUGAGGAGGACUGCGGCUUCUUCGGGCCGUCGUCCAAUAUCGCGUUUCUGCGCCAUAUUUCCCGUGCCAUUGCGCGAGGAAAUGCGCACGUUCCCGGGGUGAUCUCACUAUCGUCUCCCAGCAAUACUGGUGGAGGCAUGUUGAACGUCUCGAGAUCUCGUCCUUCGGAUGAUUUACGAAGUAAAACGCAAGGAUCCAAUAGGAAUGAGGUCAAUAUUUUUGCUCUUCCCUCGGAAGAUCGUACCUGGAGCUUGAUUCAGGUCUAUUUUGAGAAAACCGGCCAGCUGCUGCCCUUUAUUCAUGAAGCGUCAUUCUGCGAGACGUAUUUUCGGAUGCGAGACGAUAACUUCAAGAGAGUGCGGCGGAUAUGGCUUGGCUUGCUCAAUAUUGUACUCGCGAUUGCCACUAGCCUUCACACGGAAGGUGAUUUGCCCGCGGGAAGAAGAAUCGACGAGUCCGAUAUCUACUUCCAAAGAGCCAAUGGGCUGUGUGACCGGGAUUCCAAGCGCAACGCGACCUUGGAGAUGGUUCAAUAUCUCUUGGUUUUAGGUCAGUAUCUCCAGGGAACCCAAAAGUCGGUACAAGCAUGGACCACCCACGGACUGGCUAUCUCGGCUGCUUUCCAGCUUGGGUUACAUUCUCCCGAGGCCAACCGGCGCUUCUCUCCCUUGGAGAGUGAAAUUCGAAAGAGGACCUGGUAUGGGUGUAUUUUGCUUGAUAGAACGCUAAGCAUGACCUUUGGCCGGCCCUGUACCAUUCCAGAAUCGUACGUGAGACUGGAAAUGCCUCUCCAAGACAUGCAGGUGCUCAGCAGCACACCCAAAUCGGAAUCUUAUCCCCAACUCGACGGUUGGUUCUUUACUGCUGCAAUUAAAUUGUAUGUCGUCAUGUUCAACGUUCUUGACAACUGUUACUGUCAAAAUCUGGGACUUGAACACCCACUCACUACGGCAAAUGCUAUCCCUCAAAUCCUUGAAGGCGAGCACCAGCUUGAGAAAUGGCGUUUUCAAAUUGUGCCCGCGCUCGGAAUCCGACUCUGGCAUGAGCCUUUGCUUGCCGAUGAUUUAGCACAGAUGGAUCAGGAGUCGACUAUCCGGCACCGAUUCGGUAUUGUGCUAUCCGUGCGAUAUCACAACUUGCGGAUACUCUUGUACCGCAAGUUCCUAGAGGGCUAUUUGGAUGCAUAUGGUGCCGACGAGUCCGCUUCCCAAGAUAAUAAGCUCAUUCAACAAAUGGGCUUCACGGGUGUGCAGAACUGCAUUGAAUCCGCUCAGUCCAUUAUCUCCACCGUGCACACUAUCACAUCGGCGACUGGUUGGCGUAGAGGACUGCUCGGUGCCUGGAAUUAUUCUCUGUAUUACACUUUCAACGCCGGGCUCGUCAUAUUUGGGGCUCUUCUAGUCGCUUCGAAGGAGCGCAGGUAUAACCCAGAGCAAUGGAGCUCGGUAGAGUCAUCCCAGCCCUACCUCGAUUUGGCCGCAGAGGCUCUGCGCCGCUUGGACUCGGGUAACCGCGUGAUCGAGCGCUGUAUCGAGUACCUAUCACAGCUAUCGAUGAUCCUCAAAGCAAGCAGUAAGCCCAGCCUUCAAUACCUUGUUCCCGUGUGCAAUGACCGCGAUGCUGAUCCAGAAGCUGAAGCAGUAAACGAACCGAGCAAUGCUCUUAUUGGACCCGCUCCGCAGGUCUCGGCGUACUCUACAGAGUUUGCAUCGCCACAGGCUGCGGAUAACGCCAUGUGGUCCAAUAUGGACCUCGGUGAAUUCAUGAUGGACGACGAUCUCGACCUUUUGGGCCGAAUGUUCAAUUUCAGCCAUGCAUAUGAUUCAGGGAUGUAG